AUGCUGAAUUAUCGUGGAUACGAGGCCUGGAUCACAUCCGACGGGCAGAAACUACCCGAAUACGAAAUCAGCAUUGACACAGAAAAGCACAGGGCCACUUGUUGGAUAGCUGGUCAAGAGGGCAAAGAAUUUAUUGUCAACUGGAGGGACCUAGGUGGCAAAGUUGACACCAUGUCCUACAUCACCCUCGACGGCUUCACAGUGCCUGGAAGGUUUCUAUAUGGCGAUGGCAUCAGUAACAGGGCUGGAGUUCGAACCAGUCCUUCCAAAGAACGACCCUUUGUUUUCGCAAAAGUUGACGAGGAAGCCGACAUUAUCGAGACGGAUGCGGAUCCCAAACAACUCGGCAUGAUCAUUUUACGCAUACGACGAAUCAGACGAAUUGGUGGCCAUAUGCCAAACACCCCCAGGCCGAUUCCGAAUCUCAUGAGAGGUAGAGAGAAGUACUAUGAGAUGCGCGCUGGGUUUGGAAAGGAAACCACCACACACCCACAAAUUCCCGUAACAUUCAGUAUUGAACCAUUCGACAAAGCCAAUCCUGGAUCUUACGUGACAUUCAUUUUUCGUUAUCGAACGAAAGAAUUUCUGGAGGCUCAGGGCAUCAAGCCUUCCGAUAGCGGUUGGACAUCACACAAGAAAACAGUUUCUGUACAGGCGCUAAAGACGGCCCAACCUUCUCAGAUACCGACAAAGACUCAGCUAUCUAACCUUCCUUUCUUGGAGACCAUGGUCGCCGAGCCCGCACUGAAAUCAGAGCCACACCAGACGCCCUACGCCAGUCUGACUUGGCUACCAGGUGAAACGGGAGAAAUGCCCGAACACCCACGAGCCGUCUCUGUGCCCUUGACGCCAGACCCUAGCCCCAAAAUAUCUGGUACCAAACGUCUCCGUCAGGUCGUGUCUACCUUUACGCCACAGAAGGCACGGCGCACUAAUUCACAGUCCAUAGCCUCGUCUCGACGCUCUCAUGACGAGGCUGACGAUGACUUUCCGAGUAAAAAGGAAAAGAGUCUUGACCUGACCAGUAACAACAACAAAAGUCCCUCUGACAUGGUUGACGAUAACCCACCUCAAGGAGAGUGAUCUACAUGUGCAGGCCACAGACUGCGCGCCAAGAUCCGUUCGUCCAAAGUAACGCGUUCGUCGAGCUUUUUUUGUUGCUUUUACAUUUUUUUGUUGCUAUCUUUCGUGAUUCCUUGCUAUCUCUCGCUUUCUCUCGCUAUCCUUUGCUGUGCUUUGCUACCCUCGCCGUAUACCGCUCUACAUCGCUGUGCUUAUGAAUACCAAAAAUAUUCGUGUAUAUCUUUAUCCGUGUUGGAUCU